AUGGCUGUUGAAGAUGUCCUUUCACAGAUUCAAGACCUACAGGCCACCAUUGAAAAUUUCACCACUUGUGAAAACACAGAGACGAUGAAUAAUGAUCAUGCGGAGACGACAGCAACAUCAACAAAGAGAGAUUCAAAGACGCUCAUAUGUCAACCGGAUGAAAAGACCUUUGUCGAGGACAUCGAAGACGCUGGGAAAACAUUGGUUGAAAGCCUGACGACGAGUCCUGCAGCAACGGCUGGCACGUCAUUGGAUCAAGUCAGCAUUCGUUUUUCCAACGACUUUUCAUCACUCGUGGAUCAUUUUUCAGCAUUACGUGAACGGCUUGACAGUGAAAAGUUGGCAAAGAACGACGAAAAGGCAUUAGUGGAUUCGAGUAGUAGCAGCAGCAAUGAUGGCGACAGCAAAUCAGCCCAUGAGGAGAGGAAGCCCAUUGUUGUUGAUGAGACCAAAGUGGAUCAGCAGCAUCAGCAAGAUAAAUUGCAGGUAGAGAGCGAUGACAACCACACAUCAUCAUCGUCACCCAACACGACAGCUUCACAACCAGCGAUCCUAGUCGUUUCCAAUGACAAUACGCCACCCAUGCGUCCUUCCAUUGAAUCACAACGUCAUCAUCAUCAUUACUAUCAUCAACAUAUGCAUUCAAUGCCAACAUCACCCUUAUCAGCAUGUGUAGCCACGCCAAGAUCACGCAUGUCAACCACAUCACGUCGUUCUCGUCGCCCAUCCACCCUUAGUAAAAAAUCCAGCAAAUCAUCUCGUUACUUUGCCAAGCACAAAAAAGAGUCCUCUACAGUUGAAUACACUGCUCGAUCUUAUGAUGAAAUGAUGCGGAUACCCGAUCCACGAGAACGUCUCGCCUUUUAUGAAAAGACUUUCAAGCAAUGUAUGCGUGCAGAUUCAAAAUUGACGUCAUGGAUGAAACGCGUAAAGGAGAAAGGGCUUCCAAAACCAAUGACUGAAGGCUACAAACCUCCUCCUCGACCACGGACACCUGAUGAAGCUGAACAAUCCAAAGGAACAUUACAUGGCAAUGGCAGCACGGCAUCAUUGAGUGGAUCCAUCAGCAUGUUUCUUAAAAAGGCAUCUGCAUCAAGUACACUUGGACGACGCACGUUUGGUGAAACAACACCUCGACCCUCCAUGAGUCGACUAUUUUUACCUACUUCUCUCAGCCGGUUAUCCUUGUCGAAAUCAUCACGUCAACCCAAAGUAGCACCCGAAUAUGAAUCAGCACUCCCAGAUUACGAUUUCAACAGAGCAAAACGACCCCCACCACCCAUGUCCACUGCAGCAGCACAAAAACCACCUCGUCCAGCAGCAACAAUGAGUGCAACGACGACCAUGGGAACAAAUCGAUGGAGGACGACAACAACAACAACAACAGCUAAUAAUCCACCUUUACGACAUAAAAAGACCAAAAAGAAACGAUCCACGGAUUCCAUGUCAUCAACGACUACCUCCACUACAACCUCACCAGCAAGAUCCAUUUCAUCUUCAUUCUCAAAACUCUCUCGCUUAUCACGUCGUCAAAGCACUGCCACGCUUAACAGCACUACCGCCAAAUCAAAACAACAACAACAACAUGGUGAAUCAUCCGUAGAUACGGUGGUGACCGAGAUGUGUAAUACGCUGCCACACAUGGAUCGGCGUGUCAUUGAAGAGUAUUUGGCCGAAGCUGGAGGAGAUCAAAUGGUAGCCAUCACACUGGCCAUGAGUCAAUUGAAGAGACCUACUACUACUACACAACCUAUGUACCAUCAUUGUUGA